GUGGAUGCGAUCCAGAGGCGUGGAUUCCCUGCACUUUUUUUUGUCACCUUAAGGACAAACCCUUCGCCUUAAAAGCCGCACAGUUCGGAACAAAGCCGAGUGGAACGUGUUUUGUGUAAGCCCACUGGAAAGACACGCGGUGUAAUGUCUGCCUAGUAUUGCAUUAUGGAUGGGAGCAUCUCGGUAGGAGCCUGAACGCAACACCGUCUCCGCCCGCGACGCAUUACGCGCGUCGUGGCCGUGGCGUGAGCGCACGACGGCGGGGAUGUGCCGGAUGUGAAGGCGGGGGGCGCGAUGCGGGAGUACAAGGUGGUGGUGCUCGGCAGCGGCGGCGUGGGCAAGUCGGCCCUGACGGUCCAGUUCGUCACCGGGACCUUCAUCGAGAAGUACGACCCCACCAUUGAAGAUUUCUACCGGAAGGAGAUCGAGGUGGACUCGUCGCCGUCGGUGCUGGAGAUCCUGGACACGGCCGGCACCGAGCAGUUCGCCUCCAUGCGGGACCUCUACAUCAGGAACGGCCAGGGCUUCAUCCUGGUCUACAGCCUGGUCAACCAGCAGAGCUUCCAGGACAUCAAGCCCAUGAGGGACCAGAUCAUCAGGGUCAAGAGGUACCAGCAGGUGCCGGUGGUGCUGGUGGGAAACAAGGUGGACCUGGAGGACGAGAGGGAGGUGUCCCCCAGCGAGGGCCAGGCGCUGGCGGAGGACUGGGGCUGCCCGUUCAUGGAGACCUCUGCCAAGAGCAAGACCAUGGUGGACGAGCUUUUCACCGAGAUCGUACGGCAGAUGGACUUUUGCCCGCUGCCGGACCGCAGAGAGGUGUGCUGCCCCGCCUGUAGCGUGCAGUAGCGGUCCAUGGGAACGGGGCUGAUGGAUGGAGGGACUUAAGAAAUUAGCAAGUUGAUCGAUCGACCCAGCGAAGCAGAAAAAUACGAUAAAAUUCCUCGGACACUGGGUUUUCUCCGGAAGUCCCUCAUCCAUCAAGCGCCUCCUGGUAAGUAGCCAAUUUCAGGGCGGGGGCUUCCACGGGCAGAACUGUGCCAAACAAAAGCCAUCAACACAGAGGAUCCGAGUGCCACGUCAAUAUGGCGAGCCAAGAAAAAGAUGGCCGUUAAAAAGUAUCAGCCCUGGUUUCCUUUUUUUGCACUCUUCUUGACCAAAACACCAGGUUUCUUCUACACGGAUGUCAAGCAGCACCACUGUGAAGACGUCACACCAGAGGUCGGCCCAGCAGCCGGCCUGCCUAAACUAGGAAUGAAUGAAUACAUGAACGAAUGUCUACUGCGGGGACAUUCACUCGGACUAAAUGUGGAUGACGCGUGCAUGUGAUCGUACUCUCACGCCGAUCUCGAGUACAAUCUCACCCAAAGAGACGAUGUUAGUCAAUCAUUGUUGAAAUGUGCAGACACUUUACACCUUACAAACGAUACCGAUGCCUUGUACGCUGAACAUGACAGUGACAGUGCAUUCUAGCCGCAUCAGUUAGUGGUUCAGUCUCAUCAACACUUCUUUUCAACAAGAAAAAUAAACCUUUA